AUGCACUCGGAAUUUACUGGAAUUAGGCUAUUGACAGCUGGCGACAUUAAGAGCGAACGAAUGAUCCCCAAUUCUCGGAUCCUGUACCGAAAUCCUGAACCGCAGCCAGGGGCCCAAAUGACGACUUUACCCAUCGAGAUCAUCCUGAGCAUCAUCGACGAGCUCGGAAAGGCUUAUCUGGCCAAGCUCGACGGAUGGGGGCCCUCAAUUGAGGAGAAACACACCUUGAGCACCGUAGCGCUGGUCUGCAAAGUCUGCAGAGACCAGGCCUACAGGUUCCUACACGGCUCUAUCGAAUGCAGCUCGAACGACGAGCUCGUUUCAUUCCUCAACGACGAGGACGGGCUUGCCAACCCCAGGCAACCGCUGCAGCCACAACCCCAACCCCAGCUACUAGUACACGCCCACACCCUGACCCUGCGAUUCGGCUUGAAGUUGUUCGACAAUGGCGAAGCACUAUCUUCUCUUCUUGACCGCCUCCCAUCGCUCCACAAGCUGGUAAUCAAAUCCGACUCCAAAACCUCCUGGACAGUCCGAGUCUCAGAGUCGCUCAAACACGCUUUACUUCGCCUCAUAUCCUCCGGUCGGUUGACGAGUUUGCACCUCGGGAUCCUCCGCGUUCCGCGCUCUCUCUUGAAAUGCUUCCACCCGUCGCUUCAGUCACUCUACAUAGACGGAGUGGAGGAAGAGAUGGAAGCCGUAGAGUUCAAGACUCCUACGCAGGACGAGAGGUAUCACCAUGCAUGGACAGUGGGAAUCGACUCUCUCAAGAAUAUCGCAAUCGUGCGGUAUCGAUCCGCACCGUUCUCAAUCCUCGAUAGGACUCUUUUCUUCCCUGACACCGACGAGCAGGGGGGCGUCACAACAACUCUCUCACCUCAGGGAGCCGAAGGUUCUUCGAAUUCCGUCACGCGACCCACUUCGUCCACCAUACGCUUCGACAACCUCGAAUCAGCCGUGGUCUGGGGCUUUGACUUUAUAGACUCCUGGGCAGUCGACACACUCACGCGGGACUGCAAGUACCUCAAAGCAAUCGAAUUCAAAUAUGGGACAGAGGUUUUCUCUCAAAUGCAAGACAACCCAUUAAAGCUAUCCUCCCUGCACACUCUCCAGUCUAUCUCCAUCCCAGCCUACCUAACACUGUCCCCUACCUCGCCGAAACCAUUCCCCAAAACGCUCGUUCACGUCCUCGAGACCGCUACCCAUCCUCUCCCCCGCCUCCGCUCCAUCCACUUCAAGAUUUACUGGAGCCAAGGCCAAUGGGAGAACUUGAACACGGAGGAUAUCCUGGCUCCCAAUUGGAAUGAGCUGGAUGAGGCGCUGACCCGUGAUGGGGUGUUUAGGGGGUUGCAGGAGGUCGUAUUGGACAUGACGGCGAUACGUCCGAGGAUUUGGAGAGGAAUGGACUUCAGGAAGUUGAGGGAGGAUAUCAAGACGCGAGGCUUGCCCAAGGCCGCGGCGGCGGCUGCCCUCAAGGUUCUAUUUUGA